CGGCCCUGCUACAACAAGGGCCCGAGCUCCAGCGGGCCGGUGCUGCUCUCCCGUCGGCACCUCCAGCAGGAUGCCGACUCCUCCGAGCGGGUCCUCAUGGACAUGCGCUGGGGCCUCAUUCCCUCCUGGUUCAAAAAUGACGACCCCUCCAAAAUGCAGUUUAAUACCUCCAACUGCCGCAGUGAUACCAUGCUGAAGAAGUCCUCCUACAAGGGUGCCCUCCUCAAGGGCAAGCGCUGCGUGGUCCUGGCGGAUGGCUUCUAUGAGUGGCAGCAGCAGCAGAGGGGGGGGAAGCAGCCAUAUUUCAUUUACUUCCCCCAGACGAAGGAUGCCACGGCUGAAGAGAAAGAGGGAGAUGAGGAAUGGAGAGGAUGGAGGUUGCUCACCAUGGCUGGGAUUUUUGACUGCUGGGAGCCGCCGUCAGGAGGAGAAACGCUGUACACUUACACCAUCAUCACUGUGGAUGCCUCCAAGGACGUGAGCUUCAUCCAUCACAGGAUGCCAGCCAUCCUGGACGGAGAUGAGGCCAUCACAAAAUGGCUGGACUUCGCUGAAGUGCCAACCCAAGAAGCAAUUAAACUCAUCCAGCCCACAGAAAACAUUGUUUUCCACCCAGUGUCCACCUUUGUCAACAGCGUCCGCAACAACACUCCCGAGUGUGUUGCACCUAUCGAGCUGGGAGCCAAGAAGGAGGUCAAAGCCACCCCAAGCAGCAAAGCAAUGAUGGCCUGGUUAAAAAACUCCCAGGAGGGCUCUCCCCAGAAGAAAGAAAACGAUUUGCCCAAGUGGACAAGUCAGUUCAUCCACAGCCCUUCGCCCAAGAAAACCAGUGCGGGUAUCCUGCAGCAGUGGCUGGGGAAGGAGGGAGAGCCGACUGCGAAGAAGCGCAAGGCUUAG